AUGGAUCUUAAUCACCUCACCCCGGAGGAAAUAGAGUUCGAACUGCUAGUUCGGAAAACGACUGGUACGAGAGGAAAAAACUUGGAGUGGAAAGCAUCACGACUACAGCAACUAUUGGACAGUGAACUCAAUGGAUCGCCGGUACCCAACUGUUCAUCCCACGUACUAACGGAUAUGGACAGUAUAUAUCAAUGUCAAACGAAGCUGUCUCCAAUUUUGCAAGCUUUGGAUGGUGCUUUCAGACAAAGGAACGACAACCAGGUGAAUGCAUUGAAAUCAAGACUGUUGCAUUACCAAUUUCGACUUUCGCUUAUAUCGGAUCCGAUGAUACUAAUCAAUGCAAAGAAAACACUGGAAAAGGUAGGCCUCGCUCUACAGAAAAUCGAGAAAUACAUCCAGAAUCAAGCAUCAGGAACAUCAGCAGGACAAGCGGAUACAGAGGACCUUCCAAGUGAUCCAGAAACGAUAAAGCGGUUAAAGAUCGCGAAACUUCAAUCGAGCAUCAACGAAACAUCAAAGCAUCAACUACAAUUAGAAAAGCAGCUUCAAGAAGAACUUCAGGGCAACCAAAUACCUGAAGAGCAGUCAAACCAGAAUCCAGUAGUUCUCGACGGGAAACAUCAAGACCAAGAGAAGCAAUCGAGGCUCCAACACCAACAAAUGGAAUAUCGUAGAGAGGAUCAACAAUUACCGCCACCUCAAGUUCAACAGUCUCAACAACAUCAACAGCAUCCAAAUCCCAUGGAACAACAACAACAACAACAACAAGAUCCACGACAACCAUCGCCGCAGCAAGGUUUUCAUCAGGAGCAAAGCCUUCGUUUAUUGCUGAACCAAAUGCAGAUACAGCAGCAACAGUUAGAGCGACAGCUUCAACAGGAGCAAUACAGACGACAACAGCUAGAAGCACAUUUACAGCAUCAACAGUUAAGAUUGACAGCACCUCCACAGCGAGAAAACGAAAUCCCGAAUUACACCUUUGGCGCGAUUUCAGGAUACUGGGGUCCGUACAAUCAACGAGACUCCGGGAUAGCUGAACAUCCCCAGGAAUAUGAGCAACAAAAUUUCAGGGGAACGCCUAAUAGAUCCAACACACCGAGAAUCAAUACUCAACAGUCAAAUAGUUACAGAUUUCUGCAACCGGUACAUAAGUGGUCAUUCGAGUACUCAGGAGAAGGUAACAUCGUAAAGUUAGGCGAAUUUCUGAAUCAGGUGAACACCUACGCUGUCACCGAAGGCAUGGAUGAGCAAACAUUGCUUCGCUCAAUCAAACAUCUAUUGAAAGGAAGAGCACUUCAGUGGUACACGCGCUCGUAUCUAAUCCUUACAACUUGGGACAUCUUUAAAGCAGAAAUCAAACAAGAGUUCUUACCUCCGAACUACUCGGAGAUUGUGAAGCAGGAUCUGUACUUACGAUUCCAAGGUCCAAAUGAGUCAUUCACAACAUUCUACAGAGACCUAGUAGCGGCGUUCGAGAUAAUGGAACCAGCAAUAUCAGAGUCAGAGAAGUUAUUCAUCUUGAAAUCACAUCUCAACACGGACUUCUCCCCAAUUGCUUCGGCGUCCCGAUCGGCGAGUGUCCGUGACCUCGUGGCAGUAUGCAAAGAUUUCGAAGUUUCUCGUUCUUACGCACUAAGAGGGCGAGCACCAACAACGCGAGUCCUAGGAACCCGGCAUGAGAAUUCAUCACUUCAUCAGCCCGUGAUCAAUAGAUUGGACAACAGUGGCCGGCCGCCAUUAAAUCGACAACCGUACGGCACAGCGCGGGUCAGCAUGGUAGAGCAUAAUCAAGAGGUCGAAGAAGAAGUGGAUCCGGUGAGCAUCAGAAGAGAAGCGUUUCAUCAGGACAUUGCUUACCGGAACGAAGCUGCGUCGAAUCUAACAGAAGAGGUAAAUGCCAUUCGAGGGCAGAAUAAUUGGAGCGGAAGAUCGGCGUCUGACACCACAUCGAACCAGUCGGGUAGGAAUUCCAUACGGGAGGCUCCAAUAGUAACAGUAUGUUGGCAAUGUGAAAACCCUGGACACACUUAUUUCAGAUGUCCUAAUCCAAAACGCUACUUGUUUUGCUACAGCUGCGGCAAGAAAGGAUGUACAACGCGCAACUGCGAAGCCUGCAUCUUACGCUGGAGACAAUUAGACACACAAAAUGAGCUUCCGAUUUCGGGAAACCGGAACUGGGAGAACCCACAGUAA